GUUUUCACGAGCGCGAGCGGGAGAUCAACCAAGAGUAGAUCCGUAAAAUUUUCCUCCGAAUAUGGGCGUCAUGUCAUCAUAUUCGCGUACGGUGCUUUCUCCAAAAAUCAUCCACCUUUUUCCGCAAGUUUAGUUGAAUUGUGAUCCUCCUGCAGUAACUAUUGUUGUUUGUUGAAGAAGUAAAAAUUGUACCACGCUACUGGCUGACUGCGCCCCCGGGGGAAUGCAGAUUCGCGUGCUGCCACUUCUGUAGUUCUGCGGAGGAUCCUUGCGUGUGUGUUUCGCAAAAGAAAAAGAAAAACGGUACGGGUUGCCUCCCGGAAUCUAGAAAUAAUAAAAAAAAGUGGUUGCAAAUCUUGUUAUCGUUGUUUUUCUCGCGUUUUGUCCUUCGGUACUCCUCGAUUCGGUGUGGCGGUUAUUGAGGUGGCGGAAAAACACUCGAUUUGUUAAGUUUUGCAGUUUUAGUCCAGUUGAACGGCGACGAAUAGGGGCGAAGGACAAACGAGCUUGUCAGAGGCCAAGAUACAAAUCCACUCGUAGGACCAUAAAGCAUAAAAUCUAUAGUAGCAAAAGGAUAACAUUCACUCACUCACUGCCUGGCGCCUAGCAGAGGAUAGUACUCUCUACCCAUAGAUAGAUGCUGUAGUACAGUGUGUGCUGGAACAAAAACAUACACAAAGGAUCUGAAGCGCCCAGAUUUGCAAGGAUAAAGAGCUGCAGUUUCUUUCUGUUUCUACGAAACGAAAACAAGCUGUUUUGCCAGCGGAGCAUUUAUGUAAUUGUUAAAAAAACACCAAUUUUCGAUUUUUCAUCUAUGUAGAAAAGCUACAACUAGGUGAUAUCCGUCGAUGGAAACGGGAAUAUUUACCAUAGAGGAAAAAAGAUUGGUAAUUCUUAGGAUCGAUUUACUCGAACGCUGUAUGCAGUACACCAUUCGACAUUAACCCUUUUAUGCUGGAGAAAGGAUAUCAUGGAAUAUUGUUAGCAAAGGAAAAAAAGUGCUAUAAUAGAGGAGCGAACGUGCAAAGUUGGCAGUGAAUAAGGACUUGCAAAGGUAACACGGCAAAAGGAGACCCAAGGAUGCUGAUAAUAUUCGUGGAAGCCACCCGAGGAUGCUGCUGAUGACGACGAUGGUGACAAUGAUUCCGACUGCGGUUGCGACAGUACAACGUGUAGUUCCGGAAGCAACAACGGUUGUGUCAGGAGGGAGUGCGACGAAUGUGUGCAUAUCUCCGUGUAUUUUGCGAUUCUGAAGGAAACGUGAUUGUUAAAAUAAAUAUAAAAAUUUUUGUGCCGAAACGAGAGGAAGCAAAUUGUUCAAAUUGUGUUUUUCAACAGUGCCCUGCAUUUUGUGUUGGCACCAAUCCAAGCAAAUUGUUAAGUGCAAAGAAUUACGGAGUAAAAAAGAAGCUUUUAUUAUUCUUUUUUUUUUCUUUCGCUGAUUACCAACGCUAGAAAGUUUCUUCCCUGGGAAGUGUGUGGGAUACACAAAGAAAUCAAGGAAAUGUGUGACGAGCUGUGAAAAAGAGGGGCAUGAAUAGCUGGCAAGUGAUAUUGUACAAUACUCACCCGUUACUUUGUGAUAGGCCUAGCGGUACCGAGUGUUUAAUAGCUGGUACUAGUGAUAGUGUAGUUGGUAGUAGUGAUUACAUAAACAGUAUUUGCCUAGAGAAGAAGCUCCGUAGACGUCAUAGAGGACGUCGGCGGUGGUUGGUCAGAAACAGAACCAUUGAAUUAGCCACAACGUCCGUGCAUCAAUUACCAGCUGCCUCCCCCAGCACUCAGCGCUCAUUCUGGCAGCGUUACAGCAAGCUUCGAGCCAGCAAAAGUCAAAUCCGGAGCAGGAGAAACCUUGUAACGGUGGUGCGUACAAACCAGCCAGUGCCAAUAGUAGAACCGCCAACGGAACGGCUAUCGUCGAAUCCAGCGAAGGAGGCAGUCAUACUAGCGAGAACAAGAACACCCUUCUACUACACUGCUGCUGUGUGAUCGUACAAAUCACCCCAGUAGCCCCCGGGCGCAGUCACGUGACGACGACGGCUUCGUCCACCAAAAAGCCCAGCUCUGGCGGUGACGAUGGUACGGGUGGAGGGUUGGCCACUGGUGUUAGUGGUCGCACUCCUGUCUGUCGCUGUAAUGCGCAAUAUAAACUACAGGAUCUGAAAGCCUUGCAACAACUGCAGCAACAACAACAGCUACUACAACAACAACAGCAGCAACAGCAAGGCGUCAGUGUUAACACCAAUGUCUCUUCUUCCACCCCCGCCAUUGGUGACACCGUUCCCGGCAGCAGCAGUGGUCUUGGAGGCCAUCAUCACCACCACCUCUCCACCCUUUCCACGUCUAUGCAGCAUUCGCAAGUCAGCGGUGCCCCGCCGAAACAGAGCCAAGAGUUAACGAACGAGGAACUCAUCAAGUACCUCCAGCAAAUCAACGCCGACAUCAAAUGGAUCGAACAGCUGAAACAAUACAAAUACGAAAUUGAAAAGUUCUCCACAACCGAAAAGACUGAUGCCCGUAACAUCAAGCAACUAUCUGCCAACGGUCAUGUAUGUGCUCCAGCUCCAAAGCAGAAACCGGAAACUGCAACAAAGGCUCCCAGUACAGGUGUCCAACAAACGGGGGCAAUAGCUAAAACAGAAUUCUUCGAUCGUAGCCUCAAACAGCGUCACUCUUCACGUUCAGUUGACGAGCGAACUGCUCGUCGUGACGAAGAAUUACAGGCUAAAGAAAGUGGCCAUCAACGGCAUUCUUCCGGACCAAGUGACCUGCAGCUGUUGAAAUCCGAUAUUUCCGAGUGGCUACUUAACCUACCCCUCAAACAAAGCGUUGAGUUUCUUCAGAAAGCUAAAUCCGCUCAGCUUCAGCUCGAGAAAGAACAACAGGAACAAGCUCAACACGCCAAAAAACCACUUCAACGGCAAUCCUCAGGAGGUACCGGCGAAAGAACGACACCGAGACCGAAGCCUACGACGGUACAACGGCAACACUCAACAGGAGCUGGUGAGAUAGCACUUACACGCGAUGAUAUCUUAGAAUGGCUCAAAAAACAACAAAUCUUCAGUAAAGUUAACGAGGAGACUAGUGCUCCGAAAAAGUUCAAAGAGAAGGAAGAAAUCCCGUUGCAACACUUUGAACCUCUGAAACACAAAGCUAGCACUGCAAAGCUGCAAAAGCGACAUUCGCUGGGGCCCAAUGAAGAGUUUUUUCACAAAAGUACCACCGACUGGAUACAGUAUCCUCUGAAACAACUCAAAAAGCACACAUUCGAACCGACACAAGGCAGCUGCACUGACAUUCGUCGGAAGGACAGCCGAGAUCGAAGUGAGCACAGUCACCGUGAACGUAAACUACGCCACUCAGCCAGUGAGGUUGUGACUUCGACCCAUAGCGGUCAACCACCACCACGCGUUCCUCCACAAAAACCCGAACGGACGUUCCGUUAUCAGCUGAAAGACCGUGAACCCAAAACCUUACCAAAGUGUACCGCCACCAUCCAGCAUCAAAUCCCGUUGGAGCCGUACACCUCCCAACAGACGACAUCGUUUACCCAAAAACCAACCCGAAAAGAACGUUCGCGUCGCAAUAAAACUCAACGAUCCGCUACGGUUAGCGAUAUUAACCAAAUCAACAAACAGCAACCCCAGCAAACGAUCCCGGCAGGAUACCCUCCACAGCGCAGUACCGAACGCAGCCAAUCGUUAUCAAAAUGCACCGACCCGAUGUGUUCAGCCAUGUCCUUGUGCGACGAUCCAAACUGCUACAUGUACAACUAUUACGACACUCCCCGGUGCGCUUCGCUGCCGCGGAUCAGAACAACCACAACACCCCCGGCCACCAGCAAGUGUGGCCCACUGUGCUACGAAUGCAACAACAAGUGCAAUUCGCUACCCCGCUGUACCGAUGUCCGUUGUACGGCGCUCAUCAGCAGCAGGGAACCAUCAACGCAAAGAAUCAAAAGCAAUUCACUGCCACGAAACGCCGAAAUGACCCAAAAGCGAUUGUCCCGGGAAAGCUCUCGGAGUUCACUACCGCGAUCGCGAACGAAGAAACGAUCGUCCUCUAGCAAUAAUGGAAAGCUGACCAAGUCACUGUCGGCGGCGUCGCUGAACUCCCGGCGCCGACGCCACAAAACCGUACACUUUGGGGAAAAUCUACUGCGGGAAGUGUGCCAGAAUCGAAAGUUGAUCCCACCGCUGCAGGAGACACCCUCGGGAGCGGCACCGAUGCAACCGAACAUCCAAAUGCUGUACAACUUCGUCGAGGGUGUGCUGAGUGCUUGGGUGGACGACGAGGAUGAGCACAACAAGUCCGGUCCGGAUUCGGAACCGGAGCGAGGGGCCGUGCUGAAACCGAUGCACCGCUGCAAUCGGGCCCGCUUUCAAACGAUUCGACGAGUGGUGAGCGAAGCCGCUGAACUGAAGGGUUCGUCCAAGCUGGGAAACUCCCGGUACAGACAUCGGCAUUGGCGCGGCACGGCCAAGGAUUGUAACGAGCGGUUUCUGAGAAAGAUAUCCGACGAUGACCGCAUGAGCCUGACGACGGCCGUGUCAGAUGAGGACGACGGGGAAAGUGUGAUGGCCUCACCGUACAAAGCGAAAGCAACUGGCACCGCCGCAGCGUCGUUCAACUGUACCGGAGCAGUUCGGAAAGCAGGAUUCCUCUCGGUCAAAAAAUGGUUACUGCGCAAAAAACAUCAGAUCGAGCUGGCCCGCAAGCGUGGCUGGAAGGGUUACUGGGUCUGUCUGAAAGGUACCACCUUGUUGUUCUAUCCGUGCGAUUCGCGCGAAGGCCGCUCCGUCGAGGCAGCUCCCAAGCAUCUGAUCAUCGUGGACGGUGCGAUUAUGCAACCGAUACCGGAACAUCCGAAGCGGGACUACAUCUUCUGCCUGAGCACGGCCUUUGGCGAUGCGUACCUAUUUCAGGCUCCCUGUCAGGUAGAACUGGAGAAUUGGGUCAACAGUAUACAUAGUGCCUGUGCUGCAGCGUUUGCAAGACAUCGUGGUAAGACUGGUACACUACACUUAUUACAAGAGGAGAUUUUCCGUUUAGAAAAAGCAAUAGAAUCGGAUCACAAACUGAAACACAUGGCCGAUCUACAGCAAAGCGUCGUCACCGAUGCGGACACCCGGCAUCAGAUUCAACAGCAGAUACUACAGUGGGAGGAGAAUCUCGAGCGGCUACAUUGUGAACAGUUCCGCCUGCGAUGCUAUAUGGCCUCACUGCAGAACGGAGAGCUUCCAAAUCCUAAGUCUCUCCUAACGCACGUAUCACGCCCCACGAAGAACACUCUGAACAAGCUGGGCGUCUUCACGGUGUCUUCGUUCCACGCGUUCAUCUGCGCUCGGUCUCCUUCACUGUUGAACAAUUUACUAGCGGGACGUGGAGCUACCAAACGGCGUCCACCGAUUCUGUCCCGGUCGAACAGUGGCUCAAGCCGACGAUCCAUGCAAAUGAACACCCGUGACGAGGCGGAGAAAUCCUACAAGGUAGCUCUGCCGGAGAACACCUUCGGCACGGUAUACCUGCGUGACGGUAUGUCCGUGGAGGAGUUCCUCGCCAGCGCCUGCCAGCGCAAGAAUCUCAACCCGAUGGAGCACUUUGUGCGGGUCAAAAAACGUCGCGAUAUGGAAGAUCACAACUACUUUGUUCCUCAUCGAAAUGAUCUGAUCGAAACAUAUCUACACACUCAUGAAAUGGUUGAAGUUUGCGCUAAGAUUUUGUACCAAGUAGAAUUACAACGAGCGACACUGGAGCAGAUGUGGGGAUUUUCGGUCGAAGCCGAACUAAUCGAGAAUGCGGAUCGACAAGAUGAACUCUGCUGCUAUGUAAGCCGCGUAGAGGACAAGAGCUUGGCUAUGCAGAAUGGAGUUAUUAAAGGCGAUGAAAUAAUUGUGAUAAACGGCGCGAUCGUCUCCGACCUAGACAUGAUGUACUUGGAGAGUGUUCUCCAGGAAGAACAAGCCUUAUGCAUGAUGAUGAGAUCAUCACGUACUGAACCACCGGAUCUAGUGGGAAUCCUGCGCUCUACAGACGACAUAAUUGAGUCGCUGGUUUGUCCUCCACCGCCUUCCGAUCCACCGGUAAUUAGCGAGGAAAUGAUUUCUGGACUGAUUGUUCCUGCACCCGGCUGGCGACGUUCGUGUAUUUCAGGUAAGGAGGUUUACUCACCGGAGAUCGAAAGUUCGCCAGCCCCGUCGGCCAACGACCCGCACAUGGACCGCUCGAAACAGUCAUCGCGCACCAGCAGCUUCGAGAUUGAAAAUCUUCUCAAAUCAGCCGAACAGGUCACCGGAUUCUGUCGCUCGCCACAGGAAACGCGCAAGUCGAGCCCCACGGGAUCGGUAGCCUCAUCAGUAUCAAAUGCCAUGCUAACACCCUCGCGACAGCUGACGGAUGCAGAAAAGCUCCGGAAAGUCAUUCUCGAGCUAGUUGAUACGGAGAAGACCUACGUUAAGCACUUGAAUAAUUUGCUGGAAUACUACUUGGAACCACUGAAGCGUGAAACAUUCCUAUCGAAUGCAGAGAUAACGGCUCUGUUUGGCAACAUCCAGGAGAUUGUCACAUUCCAACGGCAGUUCCUGAACAAUUUGGAGGAAGCCCUUGAUCUCGAACCGGACUUCCACCAACUGGAGCAUCCUAGUCAAUUUAAGAACGUACUAUUCGCAAUCGGGUCAGCCUUCCUGUACUAUGUAAACCACUUCAAGCUGUAUUCUUCCUUCUGCGCCAGUCACAGCAAAGCACAAAAGGUGCUACAUCCAAACGAAGGCAAUCAGGCACUCCAGGAAUUCCUAGUCGCUCGUAAUCCGAAGCAACAGCACAGCAGUACCUUGGAGUCAUUCCUCAUCAAACCGAUCCAACGCAUCCUCAAGUAUCCACUGUUACUCCAGCAGCUGCGUAAUUUGACCGAUCCAAAUGCGGCCGAACACCUGCAUCUAGUCGAGGCUCUGAAGGGGAUGGAAAAGGUGGCUGAACACAUCAACGAAAUGCAACGAAUCCACGAAGAGUACGGUGCCAUCUUCGACCAUCUGUUCCGUCAGCAUCAGAAGGCCUGUAAGCAACCGAUCGAUCUUAGCCCUGGUGAUUUGCUUUACUACGGUGGUGUCGAAUGGUUGAACAUCUCCGACUUUCUGGGCAAGAUUAAGAAAGGCCUCGAGCUGCAUGCUAUGUGCUUCGUGUUCAAAUCAGCUGUUGUGUUUCUGUGCAAGGAACGACUGCGCCAAAAGAAGAAGCUCAUGGGUGUAUCCAGUAAAAAUGCCACCAACGAGGUGGAAAUAAUCCGCUACCAAGUUCUGAUUCCGGUUACCGAGGUACAAGUACGCGCUUCCUCCGCCAAAGACAUGGACUCGCACUUCCUCUGGGAACUGAUUCAUCUUAGAUCGCAAUUACAACGAAGAUCGGAAAAAGUUUACGUGUUAUCGAAUAGCACUGGCGAUUUCCGUAAUGCAUUCCUGAAAACAAUCCGACAAAUUAUACGCGAGAGCGUCCGCAAUAUGUCAAUCCCAUCGUUGAAGAGCAUGGGCGGCAGCAUGAGCUCGAUGACCGGUAUUGGUAGUUCGUCUGGAAAUUCGCAAACACUAGAGCGUCCCAAGCAGCAGCCGCAGAUUAUGCAAGGCUCGCAGACACUGGGUAAGCCGAAGAAGUCCAAGAUGAACCAACGCCACUCGUCUGGUAACAUUGACUACGAUAACACGACCUCCGGCAGUCAGGAAGCCGAUGAUCCUCCCGUCCCACAGUACAGCGGGCAGUUCCGUAUGCGCAGCAAGACUGUCGGGGAUGUUGGAGAACAAGUAGCAGCUUGCCGGAGAAAUCUCAGUGAACGCGAACCGGAAAAGGCUGACCCUGGAACAAAAUCCGAAGGUGAAGAUGACUCUCAACAUUGCUCAGUGAAACCUAAAUCCUCUCUGGGAAAAACACCCAACCAUCUAACCUUGAGCACCACGUCAACGCUGUCCGUUGGUAGUAAUGGUAGCCAGGCCCGCCUGAUUCAGUCGUCACAUCCGCCAGCCACGUACCAUCCGGUGCUGAUGAAGGAUCUAGGAUCCCCGGUGUGGAAGCCUAGAGACAUGAUUAGUUUAGGUGAUGCCCAGUCUUCUUCGACCGCACGUAAAGAUGAUUCUAGCAAGUAAACAGAUUAAAACGAACAUAGCAAAUCGUGGGCCAUACCAUACCAAGUAGGCAGAGAAAAGGUUCCGUUACCGCAGCGAUGCGCGGGUAUAAAUAUAAACUGACAACACUGCGAAAAGUUAACGGAAAAUCGUGGCCAGCCAUGAUCGAAAACAAAGGGGGCUCUUUUUUCCCUUUUUUCUGACUACCGAGUGGAAUGCAAGCUAGCAAAAAAAAAAACAAAAUGCCCGGAGGUGUUGUUGCGUAGGGUUGAAAAUCUGUUUUCCGUUUUUAUUCUUGAACGUUUUACCGCAAACCAAAAGCUGGGAAAGUGGGAAAUGAAAUGAAUGAUUAUUGUUAUGUGAAAAUUCUCGCAUCCAAUGACUGAACGCGACGAGGCAAAGAGAAGGGUGAAAAACUCCUCACCCUUGUAGAAAAAUACCGCAAAUUAUAUAGUAAAGUGAAUUUUUAUGAGAAAAGAGCAAAACUUAGUGAUAAUUUCUUAUUAAAAGACGUAGUUAAGCAUGUGCAAGUUUAUAACUAUUAUUAUCAAGAUAACACAGAAACUAAAAGAAUAGAACUAAUAUCCACACAGACCCACUCACACAUUGACAAAAAUCGUAGUACCAUUCGUGAAAAAUGAAUGUCAUGUUAAAAAAUCUCAAAACUGACUAAAGAAAACAGUUAUUUAUUUUACUAUGUAUUUCAAAUACUUUUAAAUCUCAGAAAGUAAAAGGAAUACUUGCAGCUAUAUUAGCAGUAACAAAACUUUUACCGCUAAUAUUAAAAGCGAUCAGUAGACAAAACCUUACAAGACAUCAUUUGAUUGUGAAUUCCUAUACCUUUAGUUUCGAUAGUCGGUGAAAUUGUUAGCAAAAAAUGUUCGAAGAUACCAUAUUAAACAUACAAGAAAGGGAAUUGAAUUUUAUACGCCAUAAAACAAAUUUAAUUGGACGCAUUUAAGCCCAUUAGACGAGUUUAAUCAUCUCCUAAAGAUGCCACAAGCGUUUGUGUUAAGCCAAACGGGAAAACGAACAAGUUAUUUCUGUUGUCAUCCUUGUUCUAGUGGAUGGGGAGUACAGAAAAUUCGAUAAUCACUAUCAAUUAAUGUAGUUAAUUAAUGAUUCUUCCUAAAUUGGUUCUCGGAUUUUUCUAUACAUCUAGUGAUUUUAGAUACAAUCGAGAGUAAAACAAUAAAUGCAAAUUACAAAAAUCCAACACGUAUAUCUUGAACGAAAAAGAACUAAAGUUCUCUCUGAAAAAAGGCUAGAAUUUCAAAAUCUUGUUUGAAAUUUUUAACCGCAGCUCCUCUUUAUUGAUGAAAUUGUACUACUUUUCAAUCACAGAAAAUCUAUGAAGGACAGCACUUGUCUGCGAAAUAAACAAGUAAACACAAACCACUUAAAACUAACCAUUUAGGAAAAAUCUUGCAAUCCUGCAGAAAAGAAGUCAUACAUUAUAGUAAGACACGUAUGUUUCCUUUUAUAUAAAAGAGUAAACAACAACAGACAACUGCACGAGUUCUUUCCCUCACAGAAAUAUUUAUAAAACAUAUACAUACAAAACAAGCAUUAUUAAAAUUUAAUGAAGCAAAAACGAAAAUCGAUCCAAUUUUAAAAACAUACAUUACAGAAAGUACCAAAACGAAAGAUGUUUCCAACAUUUGAUGCAAGAAAGUUUUUAAUUUGACCCUCUUUACCUUGCCAAACAUCUCUUCCAACUUGCUAGAAACACAACAAAAGCAUAAUACUUUUAUUUUCACCUAUCGAUACUGUCAAAUAUUAUAGAAAAUAGGCAGUAAAGGACAAACGAUAGGAAUUCACAUAUAACCAACCGAGCCUAACUUUACCGUGCUUGAGUUCUGUGUGUGUUUAGGGACUCUUACACAAGCACUACCCAAGUAACAAUUGAAGUUUUAUAGCACGCUACAAGUGCAAUCUAAGUUUUAUGAGUAGCUAUAAAGCUAUCACAAAACCUCAAUUGUUACUAGGGUAAAAGUGUCAUUACUAAGUAAUAACAUAACUGAAUUUGUAUCUGAACUUCGUAAUUACAUGCGUUACACCAUCAGCAAUGAUAUUACUAGCGCCUCGUGUAAGGGCACCUUUUGUAUUAUUUCCAGGGACAAGAUACUGAAAACAAUCCAGUUAUGUCAAGGCAGAUUUAUGUCGGUGUUGUUUCCAAUCACUCUAUUUAAAGUAGGAUAAUUAUUUUGGGUUCGAUACGUAAUGAAUCAACACUCCUUUUGCGAUAGCAAACUAAUCGCACGAUUCCCAACACAUUACGAACAGAGGCGAAAAAUAUCGAGCAGUGAUUACAUUAGGAAUACACUUAACAAAAUUCUUAUAAGAAAACAAAGAAAAACAAAUUACCGCAAAAAAAUUGUUACUCAAUCAAUAAUCUAUGGUUAUCACAACACAGAAAAACAAAACAAAUUUAUAAACAACCCGAGAUAACUACAAUUUAGUGGAUCUUUAUAUGAAGAAAACCAAACGAAAAAGCAGAAUAGGAAUCUUCAUUCAAUCACCAGAAUCCUUCUUUUCCACAAAUAGAAACAUAAAAAAAAACAAACACACAAACACUAACACCUACACAGUUAAAUGGGUAAAGACUAACUGAUACAAAAACUAUUACACAACCUAACACAAUUAACCACACUACUUGAUAAAAACACUUAAUGAUGCAAAAUCAACAAAACAGAUCACAGAAAAAAAAUCGACACCCUCUUUUGGUUAGAUUAACCGUUAAAGAUGCGUACACUAUCGAAAGUGGAAAAGAAAGAAAAACAAAUUGUGCCAAUUAAUUAAGGAGAGCAGAUCAAACAACCGCAUAUUAGAAUAAUGCUGUAGCAUGAAGGAAUAAAAUAUUACUUCGCGGAAGGUGUGACCGUUCGAUUGUUAAUAACUCAGUAUCGUAGUAAGCGAAGAAAAACAUCGACGAAAAGGAAAUAUGUUGUUAAAUACAAUAUUCUAUGUGGAACCACCCUCUAAGGAGCAGUUUGUUUUUCUAUCCAACGUUGUGAUGUUGGGUUAACAGUACAUACAUAAGAAAGCAAAACCGGUCGCAUCCAGCAAGGCAACAGCGGGAACGGGCGGGAAACGAAUCGAUGUGUGCUGACGCUAUUGGUGCAAUGUAUGGCAUUCAAAACGAAGGAAGGCAGAGUAGACCCGAUACUGAUUAUGAAAAUGAUGAAGAUGAUGAUAACGAGAGAAACUGAUUCUUGUUUAUUUGUUUUGAACUUUUUGAGAUGUCUAAGUAUUCAAUAAAUAAAAAUAAUUAUACACAAACACUAA